AAGCUCGGUUCUUGAUGCCUCGGAGGCCCCGGGGAGCUCAGACUGCGGAGCCCCGGAGCAGGGCUCGGACACCGGGGACGUACGGGAGGAUUCUGUGUGUGUGAUUGGACCCUCGGUUCUGUCUACCAUGAACCCUCUGAACCAGAUGAAGACUGGACUGACCAACAACCCUCACAGUGACGGUUCGUACCCCUAUGACCCCUCCAGCUGGCAGCAGCCCACCAAUCAGCCCACGGGGUCCCUGUCUGUGGUCACUACAGUGUGGGGGGUCACCAAUCCUUCAGCCAGUCAGGGUCUGGGUGGGGGGGUGAUGGGGCCCGGGAACAACCCAGGUGGGGGCCCCAUGAUGCAGGGCCCCGGGGGUCCUGGGAUGGCCGGUGGACCCGGGGGCUACAUGGGCCAGCCGGGGUACAGCGAGCCCAGCAAAGGCUACAUGAACCAGGGCGUGUACGGGCGGACGAGUGGGGGCUAUGCUGGAGGACCGGGGGGGUACGCGGGCAGUUACCCGUCAAACCCCGGAGGCUCCAGAGGCUCCGCCGACUUCACUCAGGCAGCCGCCGCCGCCGUCGCCGCUGCUGCCGCCGCCACGGCAACCGCCACCGCCACGGCGACCGUCGCCGCCAUCCAGGAGAAACAAAACCAGGAGAUGAACUAUGGGCAGAUGGGGGGUCCGGCCUACAACAACCAGUUCAUGGCCCAUCCCGGUCCUCGUGGUCCUCCCAGCAUGGCACCUGGUGGUAUGGGACCUGGUCCAGGCCCUACAAGAGGGCCUCCCUCCAUGGGCUCAAUGUACAGCACUGGAGGGGUCCAACAGAGGGUCCCUCAGCACCCGAACUAUGGUCCUGGACCACAGCAGGGACACCUGAGGCCCCCACAAGGCCUUAAACGGCCCUACAACUCUGAGUCGUUCCCAGGAAUGUCUCAGCAGUACGGUGUUCCCAUGGGGUCCAGCGUGAACGUCCUGCCGGGUCCUGCUGGUGCUGGAGGCUCCAUGCCGGGCUCAGGGGGAGUCGGUCACACAGGACCCGGCCCGUACUCCGGCCCCAACAUGCAGUACCACCCAGGUCCUGGUGGUCCAGGCCCCGCCCCUCAGUGCUCUGGCUCCUCCCCUUAUCAGAGUCAUAAAAUGCCCCUCCCACAGUAUCCCCCCUCUGGAGCCCCCAACCCACAGUACUACAAGCAGGACCAGUUCAACAGUCAGAGUGGGACUUUGACCUCCCUGACAGCGGGGGGCGCCGGCGGCGUCUACAACACUUUCAGCCAACAGACGGGGCCGGGUCGAGGAUUACCUAGUUACCCGUCUUCUCCAGUUCCUGGAAACCCGACCCCUCCCAUCACCCCCAGCAGCUCUAUGGCCCCGCCCUACAUGUCACCUGGCAGUGACGUCAAGCCGAUGACCUCCUCCUUCCUGCCAGACAUCAAGCCCAACAUGGCUGGCCUGGCUCCACCCCCUUCUGCAGGUAACCCGAGCGACAACCUGCGGCUGACGUUUCCUGUCAGAGACGGCGUGGUCCUCGAGCCCUUCAGGUUGGAGCACAACCUGGCUGUGAGCAACCACGUCUUCCAGCUGCGCGACUCCGUCUACAAAACACUUGUCAUGAGACCUGAUUUGGAGCUCCAGUUCAAGUGUUACCACCACGAAGAUCGACAGAUGAACACCAACUGGCCCGCUUCGGUCCAGGUGAGCGUGAAUGCGACUCCUCUCACCAUCAAACGAGGCGACAACAAAACUUCCCACAAGCCUUUGUACCUGAAGCAGGUGUGUCAGCCGGGCCGGAACACGAUCCAGAUCACCGUCACCGCCUGCUGCUGCUCUCACCUGUUCGUGCUGCAGCUGGUCCACCGCCCGUCUGUGCGCUCCGUCCUGCAGGGUCUGAUGAAGAAGCGGCUGCUGCCGGCCGAGCACUGCGUCACCAAGAUAAAAAGGAACUUCAGCAGCGGUUCGAUCGCCGGGACCCCCGGGUUAAAUGGAGAGGACGGUGUGGAGCAGACGGCCAUCAGAGUGUCGUUAAAAUGCCCGAUCACGUUCCGGCGCAUCCAGCUGCCGGCCAGAGGCCACGACUGCAGACACAUACAGUGUUUCGACCUGGAGUCGUACCUGCAGCUGAACUGCGAGAGGGGAACCUGGAGAUGUCCCGUGUGCAAUAAGACGGCUCUGCUGGAGGGACUGGAAGUGGACCAGUACAUGCUGGGAAUCCUCAUCUACGUCCAAAAUUCCGACUAUGAGGAGAUCACCAUCGACCCGGUCUGCUGCUGGAAGCCCGUUCCGGUGAAGCCCGACAUCCACGUGAAGGAGGACCCGGACGGUCCAGUCCUGAAGCGCUGCAGGACGCUCAGCCCGAGCCACAUGGUCCUGCCCAGCGUCAUGGAGAUGAUCAUCUCACUUGGCCCCGCCCCCUCUAACCCAUCUGCGCCGCCCUCCUCUUCCUCGCCGAUGCCGUACUCCUCCCUCCCUGCAGGGGGCGGUACCAACAGCAGCAACACGCCCGACUUCCCCUCAGCAGCUCCGUCUUUUCCCGCUCCGUCAGUGCCGUUCUCAGACUUCGCCGGUCCUGGUUCUCCCAGCGUCGGUAACUUCUCCUCCCCCGGACCUCCCCCCCUCCCCUACCAGUCAGAGCUCUCCAGCGCCCUCCUCAGUCCCGACAAGCCCCCACCUCACCCGCUGAUGUCGCAGAUGCCGGGCCGUCUGGACUCUACUUCCCAUGGUGCAUCUGUCUCCCAGCAGCAGUCGCAGGGUCUCCAUGGCAACAGUCAGCUGGGCGGCAACCAGAUGAUGCAACGCAACAACCAGAAUCCCCGUCUCCAAGGCGACCCCCCCUUCGGGCUCGGCGUGUCCGGGGAAAUUCCAGAACCUUCUCUGGAUCUGCUUCCAGAACUGACCAACCCGGACGAGCUGCUGUCCUACCUGGGCCCGCCGGACCUCCCGAACAACAACGACGACCUGCUGUCUCUGUUCGAGAACAACUGAUGCUCGCUCAGCUCCUGAGCUGGACCGGACCGGGCCCAGACAGCACAAACUGUCCCUCUCUGCAGCCGCCCUCCGCACCGGACCGAGCUCAGAACUGUUAAAUAUGAAACCCGUUUGUGUG